AUGCUCGCCGCCACCGCCCUCUUCGGCCUCCUCGCCGCCUCUGUUGCCUCGGCUGCCCCCGCGCAGAACAAGAACCCCAAGUGGAUCGCCAAGCACGUCGCCGCCGACCCGUGGGUGUUCGCCAACGCGACGCUGCUCGUCGACUCGGCCAACGUCACUUGCCCCCUCAACAUCACCGAGAUCGGCAACAUCACCCAGGUGCUCAACGUGACUGUUCCUCUCACCAACGUCACGGCGUCCAUCGCCAACGUGACCGCCAACCUCAACGCCACCGAGCUCAACAACACCGUCAUCCUCUACAACGGCUCGUACUACCUCCCCAACGGCACCGAGACGGGCAACUUCACCACCUGCCUCCUCAACAUCACCGACGUCUACGAGGACUGCCCUCCCGAGGAGGCCACUUCGUCGAUCGUCUCGCAGGCCCUUGCUGCCGAGACCCCCGCCGCCGCGACCCCCUCUGCCGCUGAGACCCCCGCUGCCGCUGAGACCCCCGCUGCCUCGUCGUCGGCUGCCCCCUCGGCCGCCGCCACUGAGGCCCCCGUCUCGUCGCAGGCCCCUGCCCCCUCGUCGUCGGCCCCCGCCGCCGAGACCCCCGCCGCCGAGCCCUCGCCCUCGGCCGCCCCCACCCAGGCCGCCAACCUCAACGCCGCGCCUAAGGAGCAGCCCGCCCCCUCGUCGUCGUCGUCCGCCGCUCCCCAGGAGCAGCCUACCCCUGCCGCCCAGCAGCCCGACGCCGCCGCUGCCCAGAACGACACCCCUGCCCCCUCCCCCAAGCCCGCCCAGUCGCAGGCCCCCGCCCCCGCCCCCGCUUCCGACAACGGUAACUGGGGCCACACCAACGGCCGCGGCACCUACUACGCUGUCGGCCUCGGCGCCUGCGGCGGCACCAACUCGGACUCUGAGGCCGUCGUCGCCCUCAACGCCGCCGAGUACAACGGCGGCUCGCACUGCGGCAAGACUGUCACCAUCAAGGACGAGACCACCGGCAACGUCGCGACUGCCACCAUUGUCGACCUCUGCCCCGGCUGCCCCUACGGCGGCCUCGACCUCUCGCCCUCGCUCUUCUCGACCCUGAGCAACGGCAACAUGGGCAAGGGUGUCCUCUCGCUCUCGUGGAGCUACAACUAA